AUGUAUUUAUUUUUUUCGGAAUAAUGACAGAUUCAAAAGGAGGGGGGUUCACCCUUCAACAUCAAAGUAGGACAGCGAGGUUAUUCGCACAAUACAAAAUGAUUUUCAAUAAAUAAACUGCAGUACUGAAGAAUGGUAUUAACUUGAUGCCAGGAAUUUCCCUUGCCCAUUUGUGGUUCCAAAUAUACACAAAAAACAAUGUACAACGGGGUAUCGGAAGGCAAUCAUCUAGUCAACGAUACAUUUAAGUACAUGAUAAUUCACUCAAGGUGGGGAAACACGAAAAUAAAUCUCGCUUUUUGGGCAAGGAAUGCAAUGCUUUUUGUUCAACUCUCAAAUUUCAGAUACAAGCAAUGUUCAGAGAAAUGAAAGAUCUGUUUUUGAAUGCUAUUUCGAUACUACGAAGAUGUCAGAAUGAAUGGAAACGGCAUAAUGGUUAUGCCCACCAUGUGUAUUUAAACACUGGCGGUGGGUGCAAGGGUUGAUGGUUUGUGAACUGUAGUCUAAACGGUAGACAAGAGUUUACUGGGUUACAGGAAUAUUUGUUUAACUUACGUCUUAUGGACCCGCAGUGUUGCAUUUCUGACUGACCUUUAUUAGUGAUUGAAAGCAAACAGAUAUUCAAAGUAAAAUAAUUGCCCCAAUAGCAAGAUAAAAACAAUAAUAAGGGGGGGAAAAAAAUCAAGGUUCAUUUGGCCAAGCUGAAAACAGGUCACGUGUUAGUGUAUGCUUUUCUGUUUUUUUCUUCUUCUUUUUUAAAGCAACCACUAGGUGGUAUCGAUAACCAUUUUCUAAACUAUUUUCCCCUUUUAUAUCCAACAAAAUUGUCUGAUACAGAUAAAACGUGUUUUUAUUUUAUAUUGUGGAAUUAACAAGUCAGUGUCAAGACGUACAUAUCUCUGUGGUAAACUAAAUUCUUCAUUGCACUGAAGGGAGAUGAAACAGAAAAUCCCAAAAUGUACUGAGAAUACUGAGACAAAGACCGUGGUGGUUGUUUGCAGGAACACAUUUAUCAUGUAUCUUUAUGGCAGGCUUUGGUGAGAGACCUUUAGCUUCAGGCCAGUGCCUCAUAUUAAACCAUGUAUCUACAUCUUGCCCUGUGUUUGGACUAAACUUAGAUCAACUUGGCCUCCUCAGAAUCUUAAAAACACAACCAUAGACUGUAUCACUGCAGCAGAAAAACAAAAUGAAAUAACCUUCAAAUGAAGCACAUACAGAUGAAGAUGAAUUAUCAUGUCCUGUCUUUAUGACUGUAAGGAAAAAAAAGAAAUCAAAUGAUUACCCAAGAACACAUUGAUGGUCCCGUUUCAGGGUAUGGUCCUUAUAAAACAUAUUUUCAUUGGCGAAUGAUGCAAAUGUAUUUUCUUUUUCUUUAGGAAUACGCUUACAAAAGUAAUCUGUUUUGUAUUUGGUUUUGUUUUUAUUUUAAAUGUAUUUAAACGACAAAACGCACACGCUCUGGUAUAAUUUUGGUAUAAUUCCACAGUCUUGUUCCGUAGUCCCAAAUCAUUCAAACACAUAAUACGUAUUUCGGUGUGGGUUUAUUUCCGUAAGACUGUAUUAGGUGCGCUUUAAUCUCCUCCCACCUGCCUGGUAAGGUUGCGCGCUCCCGGGGAGUUUUAUAGCAACUGUUGCCCAGUGAGGCAGCGCCAUAGUCACCGUAGUCCUGGCGACUGUAACCCACCAACAACAACCUCUCGCUCCAUCAUUACCACCUCCUCCACCAUCCCCAUCUUCAUCAACCAGUCCACAGCUCAGGGAGCAAGAUAGCUGCGCUAGCUCUCCAUCUGCCCUCUUUGUGGCAUCCGAUGGCUGCGAUACGCGAUAACACGGGGCGAAGUUUCCCUGUGGUCAGUCUCGAAGAAGAAGAAGAAUAAGAAGAAGAAGGGAAAAAAACACACCUGCCCGAAUUAACAUUAAAAUGCCUCAGUGUUACCACCCGAUUUUUUAAAAUGUAUUUUUGGGGGAUUUGUUAUUCUGCAUUUCACAUUGUUUGCAGGGCUGGUAACGUCAAGACGUAGCUCUCUCCCCCUACUGCAAAAGCAUCUGUAAUUAUUGAGAAAUAUUGCGUGUUGUGAUUGUGUUACGUGCGUGUUUGCUUCCUCCUGGGCGCGCUAAAAAGGAACAGAGAAAGGAGUGUACUCAAAUUCAGCUUGUCACUGCCCAAAGGGGGUCCGGGUCCUAAAGAUCAUUUUUAAUAAUGCCACAUUAACCUGGGGCUCCCUUUAAAAAAAAAAUGAUUUAAAACAUGAACGUAAUUCAAAACAAACGCCCUUUCCUUUCACUUGUAAUUUAAGAUGGCUUAGCCCUGUGGAUUGUUCACAUGGGGGCAGGCCGGGUUUCCGAAUGUUGCAUCACAACUAUUUCGGGGUCCACUGGGUCUCCUGUGCAGCUGCGACCUGUGAUUUCCCGUCAGGGUAGAGAUUGGGUGUGUCAGGUGGAGAGGACAGGUGCUCCUUCUCGUAGUGACGGGACUCCUGGUGAUCGAGUCGUACCUACUGUGUUCUCCGCCCACGGAAAUGAAUCGAUACAGCAAUACAGCUGAUUUGAUCGUGAUUGGGUUAUGUUUUCAUUCUGUGCAUCACAGCGGUGCUCGUGCAGCCUGACAAGCGCUGGAUCACUUCAAACCAUUUUGAUCAAAAUACAAAUCACACAUUUUUAUUUUUUAUUUUACCCCCCUGCAUACUCUAUGUAAAAGCCUAACAUAAUGUGGAUAUAUUGAUUUGUUGGCACACACGACCCAAAAUGGGUCAUGCACAGACACCUCUUCCGACACACAGGAUGUUGGGGACUGCUAGUUAUCAUAUCAUGUUACCACUUACCUGUAAUCCGCCAGCGCAGAAAUAGUACCAUGCCACCUGCUGCAUGGAUCCUGUUACAUUUCCAAUCACUUAAAGAGGGGCUGAUUAAUUCAAUUAUUCAGUCAUCCAUUUUCAUGGCUUAGGAGAAUACAGCAUGUUUGGUUUGUUAUUCCCCCCUGCCUGCCCACAAUAAUGUGUAUUGUUUUUGAAAGAUGAGACUUAAAUGUCCUUGUUUUUUUGUUUUCUCCUUCCUGACCCCACACAUGUCAAUAACAAUAUACAAUUAGACUCUCUUUGUGAUCCAUGUUAUAACAACGUUAUUGUUAUUUUGACGUUUCCGUCUACUGUGUGUUGAGGCUUUGUUACAACUGACCGCGUCCCACAUACUGAUGUGAUGGUUUUUAUACAGCAAAAUCAACAUCUGCGCUCUCCAUAACGAUAUAAUAGUUCUUUUAUAUUUUUAAACUCAACUCCUGUUUGCAUACCUCCGCCUUCUUCAACAGCUCUCAAUCCCAUCUCCCUCCACCUGUUUUCCACCUGAUCCUGGGCCUGUCCUGUUUAGUGUUGCCAUGUACUUUUCGUGUGCAUCGUGAGAGGGAGCGAUAUUGCGUGCGGUGUACUUUUGAACCUUGUUCACCGGCUCCCAAUUCUGCGAUUGGUCCCUGAGACUCCGCCCUUAUCCUACACAAUCAUUUAAAGAGGAAAUUCUGGAACCGUGUAUUUUCUGGUAGCGGCAACUGUGGACUUUGCACUUUUUUUUUCCCCCCCCUCAUUCGUUGCUCGCCGCGUUAGUACGAGGAAUAGAGGGGAGAAAAACGCAGGGAGAAACGUUGCCCUCCUUGGUGGUGGCUUUUGUUCCUCCGUGUCUUUGUAGGGCUUGCACUUGCUCAGUGGAGCACAGCAUUUAAGUGGGCCACAAGGGAGUGCCUGAAUGGUGAGGCAGGAGGUGUGGUUGUGUGUGUUUGGAGGGGGUUGGUGUGAGGCAACAAGAGUGUGUUGUGAUGCAGGGGCUCUUUCCCUAGAUUUGGUGGGCUCAGUUGGGGCCGUGUUCUUUGGCUUUCAAACCGCACUGUGGAAUAUAAUUCUAGAUUCCCCAUUCUUCACGAGUCCUUUCACUGAGCAUUUGGUUACAGGAAGCUGAAGGCUACACUUUGACUUUGGAGUCUGACAUUUUGUAUCGUUUCUGGGUGCCCUGCAUCCGGCGGCUUUGCCACUUUAGGGUAAAAAGGAGUUACCUGGGCUUCUUGCUGGUAUAUGCAGGCGCCAUGCAGACCCCUGAGGCAGGUGCUGACUCCACCUCCACAGUCCCUCUUCAGACCGCCGUGCCUGUCCAGCCUACCGGCUCCACCCAGCAGGUGCCUGUCCAGCAACAGGCCCAGACCGUUCAACAGGUCCAGCAUGUUUACCCGGCACAGGUGCAGUACGUGGAGGAAAACAGUGGCGUCUACACUAAUGGCAACAUAAGGACCUACUCGUACUCGGAGCCGCAGCUGUACAGCCAGAACAGCGGGGGGAACUACUUUGACACGCAGAGCAGCUCGUCGCAAGUGUCCACCGUGGUGACAUCGCACGGCAUGACCAACAACAACAACAACGGCGGCGGCGGCGGGGGCGGCGGAGGAAUGAGCAUGACUCUAGCGGGGGGUCAGGUAAUCAGCACCAGUCCGGGCGCUUACAUCAUGGACAACGCUGCACCGCACCCCGUCAGCCAGACGGCGCGAGCCUCCCCAGCCACUAUUGAAAUGGCGAUUGAGACGCUCCAAAAAUCUGAGGGUUUAUCCAGUCAGAGAAGCUCGCUGCUCAACAGCCAUCUCCAGUGGCUGUUGGACAACUACGAGACAGCAGAGGGCGUGAGUUUACCACGCUCCACCCUCUACAAUCAUUACCUGCGCCACUGCCAGGAACAGAAACUGGACCCCGUCAAUGCAGCCUCUUUUGGCAAACUUAUCCGCUCCAUCUUCAUGGGACUCCGUACAAGGCGCCUCGGGACAAGAGGGAACUCCAAAUAUCAUUACUACGGAAUACGUGUGAAACCAGACUCGCCGCUCAACCGGCUCCAAGAAGACAUGCAGUACAUGGCACUCCGACAGCAACCCGUUCAGCAGAAACAGAGGUUCAAGCCGGUGCAGAAGUUCGAUGGCUGCACUGGGGAGAACUACUCAAGUGGAGGCCAGCACCUCCCUGGUGCAGAGGAGCAGACCGUCAUUGCACAGAGUCAACACCACCAGCAGUUCCUUGAUGCGUCGCGGGCACUCCCUGACUUUGUAGAGCUGGACCUGGGACCGAGCAAUACAGAGAACAUCAGCCCAGAGGAUGUGAAAGCUCUCCAGUCCCUUUACAGAGAGCACUGUGAGGCCAUCCUGGAUGUGGUUGUCAACCUCCAGUUCAGUCUAAUUGAGAAGUUGUGGCAGACGUUCUGGCGUUAUUCUCCCCCUGACUCUGUAGAGGGAGCCACUGUAACAGAAAACAGCAGCUUAAGUGAGAUCGAAGCCCGGCUCCCGCGUUCACAGCUGAUGGAACUGUGCAGAAACGAGGCUGUGCUCAAAUGGAUGAGCACCUGUGACCAUUUAAUGUACCAGGCCCUCGUGGAGAUCCUCAUCCCUGAUGUCCUGAGACCCAUUCCCAGUGCCUUGACUCAAGCCAUUCGCAACUUUGCCAAAAGCCUGGAAGGUUGGCUCAAUAAUGCCAUGAACGCCAUUCCGCAGAGAAUGAUCCAGACCAAGAUUGCCGCUGUUAGUGCCUUUGCGCAAACACUGCGCAGAUACACAUCUCUGAACCACCUGGCUCAAGCGGCGCGAGCGGUUUUGCAAAACACAUCGCAGAUCAACCAGAUGCUGAGCGAUCUCAACCGUGUUGACUUUGCCAACGUACAGGAGCAGGCAUCGUGGGUGUGCCAGUGCGAGGAGGGAGUUGUUCAGCACUUGGAGCAGGACUUCAAGGCCACGCUACAGCAGCAGAGCUCUCUGGAGCAAUGGGCCGCCUGGCUGGAAAACGUUGUCACCCAGGUGCUCAAGCCUUACGAGCACCGGCCCAGCUUCCCGAGGGCGGCGCGACAGUUCCUGCUCAAGUGGUCCUUCUACAGCUCCAUGGUGAUCAGGGACCUGACCCUCCGCAGUGCCGCCAGCUUCGGUUCCUUCCACCUGAUUCGCCUGCUGUACGACGAGUACAUGUUUUACCUUGUGGAGCAUCGCGUGGCACAAGCUACGGGAGAGACCCCCAUCGGUGUCAUGGGAGAGUUCGAAAGCCUCAACACGCUGUCCCUCAGUAACAUGGAUAAAGAUGAAACCAGCGGGAUGGACAGCGACUUGGACGACGACAUCGAGGAGACGGGGGAGCCUCUGGCGAAGCGAGAAAAGUCGGACCACGAGGUGAUCCAGGUGAUCCAGGUCGGGGCGCUGGAGGACGGGUCGCACCCCGUGGUGGGGGUCGUCCAGCCGGGCGUCCUCCACUCGCUGCCCCAGCCCCAGCAGGACCACAGCGAGCACAUCUUAACCCCUUCAGCCGCUACCCCCACCAUCCGCCACUGCAGCGCCACAGGCAACACCUACGCCUCCGUUUGAGGGUCUGACCCCCCCCCCCCCCCCCCCCGCCUCCUCCCCACGCUUUUGCUGUCACACAUAUUUUCUCUCUGUAAGUCUAGAUGUUUCCGUCUGUUUGGUGCACCGUCUCCUCUCCAUAUCUAUUACCUGUCGGUGGGGGAGUGCCGGAAUGGUGCUCUGGCCCAGAUGUGCUGUUGAUGUCUGACUGCUUAGAGUCUGGGUGGGGGCGCCGCCGCCGCCGUCACGCGAGGCUGUGCGCCAUCGUAAUGUGGCAGGUGGAGGAGGACUGAUUGUGUUCCCGGUACAUGUUCCAUGCCCUGGCAUGACUCCAGGCCUCUGUCUGUCUAUACGGAUGAAUUAUGUCUAAGAAGGAAAAAUUCAACUCUUUUCAAACUACUGACGUCUCAGAGCUCAAAUCCAUGCCACCAUUCCCAGCGGAACAAAGUCAUAGAUUGAUUCAGGACCUUCACCUAUUGUAGUUUUGCUGUGCUUUCAAUUGGUAUUACCAAUUACCCCCCCCCC